AUGCAGACCCAUGCCCGCAUGCUGCCUGUUCACAGGAGGACCCUGGGGGCAGCGCCUGCCCGCGGGCACCCCAAAAAUGCCUCCUGGUGCGUGGAGUGGAAGGAGCGGCACAUCUACUUCACGGUGGUGAUGGACGACAGCCACGAGAUCGACUUCCGCUGCGCCCAGGAGGACCCAGGCUGGAACGCCGAGAUCACCAUGGGCCUCGUCCGCUUCAAGAACCAGCAGGCGAUCCAGGUCGUCCGCGCCCGGCACAGCUGCCGAGCAGUGGUGCAGUUCGACGCAGCCCCGGUGGGACAGCCUGCGAACGCGCAGCACCCGAAGAGCAGGAUGGAGCUGGCCCUCGGCUCAGCGGGUGGUGGGGAGAACGGGAUCCCUGCAGGCAAGUGA